AGUCUCGGACCGCCGAAUCUCAACGCACUCCCACGGCGCACCAUGCCGUCGUCCGACUAUACUUCAGCCGCCGGCGGCGCUUUGAAGCUCAAAGGCGGCGGCGUCGAUAAAAGGAAGAAAAAGAAGAAGUCAAAGCCAGCCGAUGCCAGCGCCGAAGCGUCAACCCGGGUCAAGGCGCGCUCCAAGUCACCCUCGCAUACGCCGCGUCGCUCGAUAUCACCAGACACAGCCGAAAAGGCUAUCAAAGAAGACGGCGGCCGGAAGAAGACUGAGGCAGAGAAGCGACACGACGAGAUGCGCCGAAAGCGAUUGGAGGACCGGCUGAAGAAGGAGGGCGUGAAGACGCACAAGGAGAAGGUGGAGGAGCUGAACAAAUACCUCAGCGGACUGAGCGAACAUCACGACAUGCCGAAGAUCGGACCAGGCUAAGACGUAGAACUGGGCAACCUGUGGGUGCCUGUGCCUCGACGCCACAAGUGCGCGCACUACCAGGUUGUCUGCCGGUCCAUCAUGGAGGAGCCUACGAUACCCAAAUCUCGUUACAUUGCUACAUGCAUUUCACAAGGCGUCAUGGGGCCGUUAGGCUUAGCGCGGCUCAACGGUGCCUUUGGUCACGGCUUGGUAUUGCGGAUGGAGGCACGCGUCCUUAAAAGAAUGAUUGCAUAACGCCAUUCCGGCAUUCAUUCAUACUGUCGUCUUCGGGCAUGCGACAGCACUACUCUUUGGGUAUAUCAAAAAUCACAAGACUCUGCCAACAACCGGGCCAACUCCUCCAAUGCAACCUGAUCCUCGUCAUUG